CCUCCGCGCCUCCAGGAGCGCAGCCAGCCCCGGACCCCGAGCCGAGCCGCGGCCGCCGCCUGUCUUCACCGCCCGCCGCGAAACUUUGCCAACUCGCCCGCCACGAUGCCCAAAACGAUCAGCGUUCGGGUGACCACCAUGGAUGCUGAGUUGGAGUUUGCCAUUCAACCCAACACCACCGGCAAGCAACUCUUUGACCAGGUCGUGAAGACCAUCGGCCUGAGAGAAGUUUGGUUUUUCGGCCUGCAAUACCAAGAUACCAAGGGUUUCUCCACGUGGCUGAAACUCAAUAAAAAGGUGACGGCCCAGGACGUGCGGAAGGAGAGCCCUCUGCUCUUCAAGUUCCGGGCUAAGUUUUACCCCGAGGAUGUGUCGGAGGAGCUGAUUCAGGACAUCACUCAGCGCCUCUUCUUCCUGCAAGUGAAGGAGGGUAUCCUCAGUGAUGACAUCUACUGCCCUCCAGAGACUGCUGUCUUGCUGGCCUCAUACGCGGUCCAGUCCAAGUAUGGUGACUUCAACAAGGAAGUACACAAGGCCGGCUACUUGGCCGGGGACAAGCUGCUGCCCCAGAGAGUCUUGGAGCAGCACAAGCUAAACAAAGACCAGUGGGAGGAGAGGAUCCAGGUGUGGCACGAGGAGCACCGGGGCAUGCUGAGGGAAGACGCUGUCCUGGAGUAUCUGAAGAUAGCUCAGGACCUGGAGAUGUACGGCGUGAAUUACUUCAGCAUCAAGAACAAGAAGGGUUCUGAGUUGUGGCUGGGCGUGGAUGCCCUGGGGCUCAAUAUCUAUGAGCAGAAUGACAGGCUGACCCCCAAGAUUGGCUUCCCUUGGAGUGAAAUCAGGAAUAUUUCCUUCAAUGAUAAGAAAUUCGUCAUCAAGCCAAUUGACAAGAAGGCUCCGGACUUUGUCUUCUAUGCCCCCCGUCUCCGCAUCAACAAGCGCAUCCUGGCACUGUGCAUGGGGAACCAUGAGCUGUACAUGAGGCGCCGCAAGCCAGAUACCAUUGAGGUGCAGCAGAUGAAGGCCCAGGCCCGGGAGGAGAAACACCAGAAGCAGAUGGAGAGGGCUCUCCUGGAGAAUGAAAAGAAGAAACGAGAGCUAGCUGAGAAGGAGAAGGAAAAGAUUGAGAGGGAGAAGGAAGAGCUGAUGGAGAAACUGAGGCAGAUUGAGGAACAAACCAAGAAAGCUCAGCUAGAACUGGAAGAGCAGACCCGGAAAGCUAUGGAACUGGAAGAGGAGCGGAAGCGGGCCCAGGAUGAGGCUGAAAAGCUGGCCAAGGAGCGUCGGGAUGCUGAAGAGGCCAAAGAGGCCCUGCUUCGGGCCUCUCGGGACCAAAAGAAGACCCAGGAGCAGCUGGCCUCUGAGAUGGCAGAGCUGACAGCCCGGAUCAGCCAGUUGGAGAUGGCCCGGCAGAAGAAGGAGAGUGAGGCCGUGGAGUGGCAGCAGAAGGCCCAAAUGGUCCAGGAGGAUCUGGAGAAGACCCGAGCUGAGCUGAAGAAUGCCAUGAGCACCCCCCAUGAGAAUGAGCAGGACGAUGAGCAGGAUGAGAAUGCGGCUGAAGCCAGUGCCGAGCUGCGGGCUGAGGCCUCCACCAAGGACCGCAGUGAGGAAGAGCGUACCACUGAGGCAGAGAAGAAUGAGCGGGUCCAGAAACACCUGAAGGCCCUUACCUCGGAGCUGGCCAACGCCCGAGAUGAGACCAAGAAGACAGCCAAUGACAUGAUUCACGCAGAGAACAUGCGUCUGGGGCGUGACAAGUACAAGACCCUGCGUCAGAUCCGCCAGGGCAACACCAAGCAGCGAAUUGAUGAAUUUGAGUCCAUGUAAUCCUCUGGUCCCCAUCCCCCGCUCCUAGCCAUCUCUGACCUUUCCCACCCCUGCUCUAGACCUUUUUCAACCAACCAACCAACCAACCAACCAACCAACCAACCAACCAACCAACCAAUCAACCAACCAACCAGCCAGCCAGCCAAUCAGCCAACCAACCAACCAACCAACCAACCAGCCAGCCAGC